AUGGAAACAAAUGACACGCUUCUUCUCGACGACCUUGUCGUCGACGUCUCGGACGAGUUUCCUGUCCCAUCGACAUCGACAUUCAUUGACGAAUCACCGACUGCUCGUGAUCUUCUGAUUGGCGACUUGCCAGAUGUUGAUCCAAACAAUAUUACCGGAGUUACCGUCAGUACGACGACACAGAAUCAUACCGUAUUUGAAAACGUGUUCAAGACGAUAGAGUCAUUACUGGACGAAAGCAGCUGGGUAGUUUACACAAUUGUCUUUUUUGUAACAGUAUUGCUUAUCGUGAUUACCUGCUCAAUAGUGAUUUUUAUAGUGAAACAUAAAAAGAGAGUCAUCCAGCAGGACAAUGAUCCCAUUCUGACCAGCACUUACGAUGCCGGAUUUUCAUGGAGAAAAUGCUUGUGCUGUAGAACAGAGGCCGAUAAGCAGAGUCAGCUUCAAGCUCGUCAGAACUCGGCCAGCAAUUUGGACCCUUACAAGCGACCUCCACUUCCACCGAUUGGAGUGAAAUCUGAUGGUUACAUCAGUACAUUCAAGCGAACAGAUGCACUGAACGGUUUGGACAGGCCAUCAACAAUCGAUGAGAAAUCGCUCGCUGUCAAUAUACAAAGCAUCCGUGGUGUGCCACACAUACAUCUCCAACCAGAACAGUAUCGGAAUCUGCCACCACUGAAGAUGCGAUACAACUGA